AGCUGUUGUGACGAUUUUCGACAGAAAUGCAAGUUUGCUUUGGGUAGCCUUCUUACUAUCACAGCCAUUUGCUACACAGUUUGUUCCUCUAUGCGCACGCGCGGUUUGUGACGAUGUAUUUUUUGUCAACUGUAUAUACAGUGUUUCGGGUGGAGUGGCAGAGUUAUUGUUGCAAUCGUUCAAGACAACUUUGAACACAGCAUACCUUUGGACCUCGAAAAUUGUAAACUACCAAAGCCUACAUUUGGAGGUACUAUGGCACCACGGUCUGCUCUGCUUGGCUGUGGAUUCCUUGUCAUUUUGCUGGCAGUGGUGUUCCCCCCUCUGGAUGCAGCAAGUAAGGCAAUAAACCAAGAGUUGUCAGACCUCUUCAAUGAGCUCUGGAAGCUGGAUGUGAACCGCAUGAAGCCUGGGACUGACUAUACCAUCUCUGUGCAGGGCAAAGCUGGCUAUGUCUCUCAAGGCAGUAACCAUGCCAGGGACCAUGCCUCAUCGCCUCUCUUCUCCAAUGUCAAUGAGAACAAACUGAAGACCAUUACUACCUUCUCCCGCUUCAUGAAGCUCCUGGACAACUAUGAGAGGUCAACAGGCGUGGCAGAGCAUGUCAGCCGAGAGGAGGUCACAGAGAACAAUCUCUUCCUGGAUGCCGUUCUGAACACAGAGGUCAUGAAGCGUGCCCACAGGUAUCUGGUUAGCAAGGGCCACUCCCAAUCAGACCUGAGGACGUUCAAGCGUCAGCUGUACACCAUCUGGUUCGACCUCUACUACAGAAGUGGAAGUAAGGACUCGUGCGGAUUUGAGCAUGUGUUUGUUGGAGAGACUAAAUUCGGAAAUGAGAUUGCUGGUUUCCAUAACUGGGUCCAGUUCUAUCUGCAGGAGAAGAGCAGGAAUUUGGACUACAAGGGAUACAAAGCCAGGGACCAUGACAUACCUGACCAAGAUGACCACGUCCUGAACCUCCAGUUCAGCUGGCACGGUUUGGUGAAGCCGGUGGGCAGUGCCUUCGUGGGGGCCAGUCCGGAGUUUGAGAUGGCCCUCUACACCAUCAUCUUCCUCGCCAACACACAUCGGAGCACCACAGUGGUGGUCAACAUUGACGAAUGUCAGCUGGAGGUGGUGGUGGUCAGGCACGGGCGCUCCAUUGGGACGGCCUACCCCAAACUGCUUAGCAGCAACAACAGGCACCUGUAGUUGGAGGCAUCAAACACACGCACACAAGCAUAGAUUUAUGAAUAAGACUAUGCACACACACACACACACACACACACACACACACACACACACACACACACACACACACACACACACACACACACACACACACACACACACACACACACACACACACACACACACACACACACACUGUUUUGGACUGGGCAUUUAACCAGGCCAGUUUGCUUCACAAUUAGGCCUACGUCACAUAACCUUUCUUUAGCUGACUGCACUGUGUAAUCUCUCUGCACAACAGGAACAAACAUAAAUGGACACAUCUGAUACUCAGGGCAUACAUGUGUAAGAUAUAAAACCAUGGACUUGUGUUGUAAAGUCUGAUGUUUUCCUACAAGUUGAAAAGUUAAGGUAAAGAACAUGUUUCAGAAGAAGAAAGAAAGUUUAACUCGCUGUCUGAUUUCAACAGCACAACAGCAGUGAGUCAUUGUAAUGGAAACUGCACAUGUCGUGCCUCAUUUAAAUAAACCAUUUAUAUCAUUUGUUUAUAAGCCAUGUCAUAGUCUAAAUUAAGCAUUCUGUAAAUAUGGCCCUUCCCAACAUGCACUGCCCAUCUGGACACCUGCUUGGCCAAUGUGUAGGGUUUUAUAAGUGCUUAUGUCAAGGCACAAUAAUUAUUUCAAUACAAGUCAUUCUACCAUUUUCCAAAUGCGCUCAUGCAACGAGUAGCCCAUACUGUAAUAAAAUGUGCAUUACCGAGUCAAACGUUGGUCAAUGUAUUAUUGCAUUCUCUAUAUGUGCAGUCAUGAUCAGCCAGUUAUGAAUAGGCUAGCCUACUUAUGCCAUUGGUUAGUAUAUGCUACUAUUACAUUUUUCUGUCAUUUACCCUUUAAAGUAACUGUCCAGUGUUUCCUGAUUUCUAUUAAAUAUGACCUAUAAUUCAUUACAA